AUGUCCUCUCGUCCCCAGAACAUCGGAAUCAAGGCCCUUGAGGUCUAUUUUCCAAGCCAAUGCGUCGACCAAGCCGAGCUCGAAAAGUUCGAUGGCGUUAGCCAGGGGAAGUACACCAUUGGCCUGGGCCAAACCAAAAUGAGCUUCUGUGACGAUAGAGAAGAUAUCUACUCGAUGGCCCUUACAACUCUUUCCUCACUUCUACGCAAGUACAACAUUGAUCCAACGUCCAUCGGUCGCCUCGAAGUAGGCACGGAAACCAUUCUUGACAAAUCCAAGUCUGUGAAAUCAGUCUUAAUGCAGUUGUUUGCUCCGGCUGGAAAUACAAACGUCGAGGGUGUUGAUACCGUGAAUGCUUGCUAUGGUGGCACUAAUGCCCUCUUCAACUCUAUCAAUUGGGUUGAAUCUUCUGCAUGGGACGGAAGAGACGCUAUUGUCGUUACAGGAGACAUUGCGCUCUACAAGAAAGGCAAUGCCCGUCCCACUGGCGGAGCCGGCUGUGUUGCUAUGCUCAUCGGCCCCAACGCCCCAAUGGUUAUCGAGAGCGGACUACGAGGCAGUUACAUCACCCAUGCUUACGAUUUUUACAAGCCAGACUUAACCAGUGAAUACCCAUAUGUCGAUGGCCAUUUUUCUAUUAAAUGUUAUACCCAAGCCGUCGAUGCUUGCUAUAAAGCAUACAAUGCUAGAGAGAAGGCUCUGAGCCCUGCGCAAAAUGGCGAAAUCUCCACCGACGAAUCGAAAACUCCUCUUGACCGUUUUGACCACAUCCUUUUCCAUGCGCCGACUUGCAAGCUUGUCUCCAAGUCCUAUGGGCGCCUACUUUACAAUGAUUACCUCGCCAACCCGAGCCACCCGGCUUUUGCAGAAGUUCCCGCUGAAAUUCUCGAUCUUGAUUACGAUAAAUCUCUCUCUGAUAAAACGGUUGAGAAAACCUUCAUGGCGCUUACUAAGAAGCGCUUUGCUGAGAAAGUUCAGCCAUCUAUCCAGGUUGCCACCUUGUGUGGUAACAUGUACUGUGCGAGUGUUUAUGGAGGUUUGGUUAGUUUGUUGUCCAACGUUGCUUUCGAUGCUACGAAGCCGAAGCGCGUCGGCGUUUUUAGCUAUGGAAGUGGUUUGGCUAGCUCCAUGUUUAGCUUGAAGAUCGUUGGCGAUGUUUCCAAUAUUGUUGAGAAGCUCGACCUGCAAAAGCGUCUGGAUGCUAGACGAGUUGUCUCACCACAGGUUUUCGACGAUAUGUGUCUCUUGCGUGAGAAGGCGCACUUGAAAAAGGAUUUCACUUCCUAUUGGCAGCCCCGAGGACCUAUUCCCAGGAACUUAUUACCUUACCAAAGUCGAUGA